AUGGAGCCUGAUCCUACAAUCACAGAUGAUAGGAACGGCCUCAACCGUAAGACCCUGGACGUGCAAUUACAAUAUAACAACCACAACAACCCCCUCGUUGAUCCCUUCGACAAAAGAAACCCAUUUGAAAAUGCCAGCGUCAAAACAUACAGCCACAAUGCAAACAUAAUACCCCCCUAUGUCUUGGACAAGCUUUCUCAAGUGCACUACAAAGAACAGUUGGUGAACUCAAAUACAAACAACGUCAGCUCUGAGGCAAGCAAUAUUGUCCACUCAGAUACUGUUUCACCCUUGAUAAAAUCGACUGUUAGACACUCGCGUGCGUCGUCCAAUUCGGAUGACGACAAGCAGUACCAGUCGUUCGCAAACGAUGCCUUUAUAAAGUCCAUGGGUAACAAUUGGCACAACUUCUUGCAUACGGUUCAGCAACCGAACACCUACACGCCGGAUAUGAUGGCAUACGACCAAAAAUUCAAUGCAGACUGGGACCUAAACGGAACUUGGGGCGGAGAAGAAAGAUUGAAAAAUGCAUUACUAGGGAGUCCGUUAAGCGGAGACGAAGAUUCCAGUGACACUUACGAACGUAAGUCGUGGUUUUCUCGAAUGUUUUCGAAAACAUCCAACUCCAAGACUCAGCAGAAGUCUUCCAAGUUGAACAGUGAACUUCAUGAACCAAGAGUGAGAUCCAAGGCAGGCUAUUGGAUGUCUGACGAAAAACGUGCUGAUUGGAAACCAACGAUAAAGCGAAUCUUUAUGCAAAAUCCAUUGAUCCCAUUAUUCCUCAGAGUUUUGAUUAUUAUCUGUUCAGCGUUGUCUUUGGCACUCGCCUGUUCCAUAUUUGUACUUUCGAGAAAUCGUCAAAAUCCAGUCCAACAGCAACCUUCUACUAUCAUGGCUAUAAUUGUAGAGUGCUUUGCCGUGGCGUACGUAUCAUAUAUUUCCUACGAUGAGUACCAUGGGAAACCCUUGGGUUUGAGAGAUCCAGUGGAGAAGAUGCAGCUCAUUUUAUUGGACUUGUUGUUUAUUAUAUUCUCACUGGCAAACAUCUCUUUGACCUACAAUACUUUAUAUGAUCCUGAGUGGGUUUGUAAAGAAUUUGACAAUCUGGCAACUACUACGCGCUUGUACCCUACUAUUGGCCUGAUUUGCCGUAGACAGAGAGCGCUCCUGUCCUUUUUGUUUUUAGCGUUGUGUUUAUGGGUCAUCACAUUUACAAUUAGUAUCCUCAGAGUGGUGGAUAAGGUAACGAGUGCAAACCCAAGGUCUGAUUAG